AUGCCCGAGAUCAUUGAUCUCAUUUCUUCCGAUCCACCAUUACCGGAAAAGCCGCGACCCCAAAAUGAGUGGCAGGCGACGCGUCCACUCCCUUCGCGGGGGUUAUCCAACCUCGGCACGGUUUCGUCUGAUUCGAUAGACGUUUCGCUAUUCAAUUACGACGAUAUAUUCGACAAGCCAACCAAGAAGCGCCGAGUGAGCAAUGAAAGGCGAUCGCCUCUGCGGAAAACUACAUCAACCAAUGAAACCACGAUCACCGACCGCGUCCCAUCUUUCUUGUUCUCGGACGAAGAUUUUGGCCUGCCGCCCUCGAACAACUCCGCCACACGCCGACAACCGGCCGGAAAUGUGGAAGACUUGGACCCGAUUACCUGGAAUUCCUCUCAGCCUCUGCCGCUGCCCAAAUCGAAAUUGUCUGCUCGAUCACGAGACCCAGUUUGCGAGUUCUCCGAUAUCAUAACCUUAGACGGAGACGUGGAUCAUCUCAAGCCGCAAGGAAGAGAUGCGUCUCGUGUCGGUAGACAGGAGGAAAUAGAGGAAUUCAGUGAUCCUUUUGCCGGACUGCCGGAAUUUUCAGAUGUACCGGAGUUCCAGGAAACGGGAGUUUCCCAUUCUACUGGUGUAUUUUCCAGCAAAACCGCUGAGCUUUUGUCAAAUCCGAGCACCACCGGCAAACGAAGUGGAAUCCUGUCCCCCCAAAAGACAGGCGCGCGAUCUCGAAAUUCAAAGAACGACGAUGUGAUGGGUCUAUGGCUAUCUGACGAUAUGGAGGAGCCAGCGCAACCGAAACGCCCGGCUAAAAAGACGAAUAAGCUUACAACCGAAGAGAAAGAGGCAAAAGCAAAGGCUAGGGCUGAUGCUAAAGUACAGAAAGAGUUGGAGAAAGAAAUGGAGAAGGAAAAGAAGAAACAGCUCAGGGAAGACAAGGCGAAGCAAAAACAGCUGGAAGCCGACAUAUCGGAGGUCAACAAACUCAAGGUGGAUAAGAAGGACUCUACACCGGAGAUGAUUCUUGACAUGGCCUCAUCAUUCGAAGGAGGUGCUGUGGGGAACCAAGCAAUUGAGUUCAUGAGACGGCUCGGGGUUGAUCAUCAUUUCUUUACUAGCCCCAUUCCACAAAUGGUCAAAUGGCGCCGGAAGAUGAAUGCCCGAUUCAACGAAGAUGCUGGCCAUUGGGAACCCUGUCCGUUCUAUAUACAGACUGAGAAGCAUGUUCUAUGCUUGGUACCGGCCCAGGAUUUUGUGGACAUGGUCAUUCCAUCCCCUGAUGGCGAGGAAAGAGAACCAUUGGAGCUUCAUGUUCUCAGGAUCAAAAGUGCCCACCCAGAAUGUACUGUCAUUUACCUGAUUGAGGGUCUCAUGGGCUGGAUGCGCAAGAAUCGGAACUCGCGGAAUCGAGCAUAUCAAGCGGAAGUACUCCGCCAAUAUGAACCAACCAGCACCCAGACCUCAACUACCUCCUCUCGUGGUCGCAAGAAGAAGAAUAAACCCGAGACCACCCCACCAGUCGAUGAUGACACCAUCGAGGAUGCCCUUUUGGAGCUGCAGGUAUCGCAUGCGUCUCUCAUCCAUCAUACCAACACGCCGUCCGAAUCGGCCGAAUGGAUCAAGAAUUUCACCGAACACAUCUCCACCAUUCCCUAUCGACAGCAGCGAUCCAACGGCAACGACGCUGCAUUCUGCAUGGAUGUGGGCCAGGUCAAGACGGGCGAAGAUAAACAGGAUACCUUUGUCAAAAUGCUUCAAGAGGUGAACCGUGUCACUGCUCCUAUGGCUUAUGGUAUUGCGGGGCAGUAUCCUAGCGUAACCGACCUGGUUCGAAAUAUGCGGACCCGCGGGCCCACGAUGCUCGAGGAUGUCAUGAAAUCCGCUAACAAGAACGGCGGCGUCACCAACUCCCGCGUCGGCCCCGCAGCCAGUAAGCGGCUGUACAAAGUAUUUACAGGUCUAGAUCCCACAUCAACAGACGUCUAG